AUGGGAGAAGAGCUGCAAGAGCAGAACAGUUCUUCUGUUUAUAACCAAGAAUCUAGUUAUGGCUAUGGGAGCUCGCUUGCCUACGAUCAAUCUGAAGACGUUGAAUCUGCUGCAAGGAAUGCUGUUCUUCGCGAGCAAGAAAUUGAAACGCAGAAGAUCAUACAAGGUCAAAGAGAGGCUGGGACUUCAGUAGCUGGAGACAAUAACACUGACAUUCUUCGGCAUCGUGCUGACCCCAAUGCUCUAAAGGAACAUUUGCUAAAGUUCACUGCAAAUCAUCGUGCGGAAACAGCAACAAAGCGUGGGGCUGUGAGUACGUGCGGAGAAGGUAAUGUGGAUGUUGGGAAUGGUUAUGGUAUACCGGGUGGAGUUGCGUACGCAGGCCAAUCCGAGCUCAGUGGGAAGCCUGAACCUACGGGCGCUUCAAACAAUUUGCCUGAGUAUCUCAAACAAAAGUUAAAGGCCAGAGGAAUUCUCAAAGAUGUCUCAGGGGAUGUUACAUCCAACACACACGAUGCAUCAGCGGUUAGUUGGAAUAGACAGACAAGUUCACCUUUUCCGACAAAUGCAAACACCUUACCGUUGGGAUGGGUAGAUGUGAAAGAUCCUGCUAGUGGUGCUACAUAUUACUAUAACCAGCAUACCGGAACAUGCCAGUGGGAAAGGCCUCUUGAGCUGUCUUCCACCACUUUAAGUGCACCAACUCUGCCUCCUAAAGAAGAGUGGAUUGAAACACUCGAUGAAACAUCUGGUCAUAAGUAUUACUACAAUACAAAGACACAUGUAUCGCAAUGGGAACCUCCAGUUUCUUUACAGAAACCCGCUACCACAAACACUGUCACCCAAAAUACUGCUAAUGGGAAGGUGGUGCAUCCUCCUUCUCAGCUGCCAAGAUGCAGCGGAUGUGGUGGCUGGGGAGUGGGCCUUGUCCAGAGCUGGGGUUAUUGUGCCCACUGUACCAGGGCUUUCAAUCUCCCAGAGCAGCAGUACUUGGCAGCAAGUUUAAACUACUUCACUAAUGCAGGAGAUUCUGGCCAAAAGGAUCCGACUCAGAGGUCAAGUUCAAAACCUCCGAUUAAAAAGGGAGUAGGCAAAAAACGUGCUCACGCCGAGGAGGAUGAGUUGGACCCAAUGGACCCAAGCGCUUACUCAGAUGCUCCACGGGGAGGCUGGGUUGUUGGACUGAAAGGAGUACAACCGCGAGCCGCUGAUACAACUGCCACAGGUCCUCUGUUUCAACAGAGACCGUAUCCAUCACCUGGAGCUGUUCUGAGGAGAAACGCUGAGGUGGCAUCAUCGCAGAAGAAGAAACCAGGCUCUCAUUUCACCGAAAUCACAAAGAGAGGCGAUGGAAGUGAUGGUCUUGGGGAUGCAGAUUGA